AUGGUGCCCAAGACGAUCGCAGGGAAGAUCUUUGGUUCUAUCUGUUCUCUGAGCGGGGUGCUGGUAAUCGCCCUGCCUGUUCCUGUCAUCGUGUCCAACUUUAGCCGAAUCUAUCACCAGAACCAGAGAGCUGACAAACGGCGUGCGCAGAAGAAAGCCAGACUGGCCAGGAUAAGAAUAGCCCAGGCGGGCAGCUCCUGCACGGGCUUCCUCCAGAGCAAACGAAACGACCUCCUCAACGACCUGCUGGAGCUCACGGGCUCAGACGAGGAGGAACUGCUGCUCAGCAAGAGCAUGUCAUUAUUAGAGAGUCAACACCACCAUCUAUUGCACUGUCUGGAGAAGACCACUGCCCAUGAGUUUAUGGAUGAGCAGCUGUAUGAACAGAACUGUCUGGAGACCACGGUCCAGAGCUACACCUCCCGUAGCCCCUCCCUCUCCAGCCAGGACAGGCCCAUAGGCACCUGCUGUACCCGCCGGGUGAAGAGGAGCUCCCCCCUGCCCAACUCCAGCAUGCCCCUCCAGCCCAGCCAUCAGCAUGGGCCGCUACAGGAGCUCAGCGCCCUCCGCAUCCAGUGUGGGGACAAGCUGCCACGCACCACCAGUCGCUCUAGUCUCAACAUGAAGACAGACGAGGUGGGUCUGUUCAACUGCAAGGGCGGUCAGAUCACCACAGCGAUCAUCAGCAUCCCCACGCCCCACUCUGCCACCCCGGACGGGGACGGUCUUCACGGACCCCCCCAGCGCAGACCCCCCCCUCCCCCCACCGGCCCAGAGGCCGCCAGUAUUAACACCACAGCCAGCUCCACUGUCUUCAAAGUGUCCGCUCUGUGACUGUGUGACUGACCCACUCAACAGACUGACUGAGCAGGAGGAGAGGUGAAGAGAGGCUUUCACUAGAACUCUACCUUGAAGGACCCCUGUCGCCCGUUACAGAGAUAGAGACAUGGGAGAGAACUCCUCGUGUACCAAGGAGUAUACAGCCUUUUAGGCAGCAAAGGGAUAGGCUAUACUGAGUGAAAUGCUGCAAGGCAGCUGAUGGUACAGUAGGCUACGAUGUGCGCAUUUUCCUAAAACGGGCCAGUAUGUGUGCAUUUUGGGAUUAUGACAGGACAAAGGAAGUCACUGUGUCUUUGUGCACUUCGCACCUACAUAUUAUUGUUUUGAUCUGCCUACAGCUAAACCCUGAAUGUCUGAAAGAUGAGGAUGAAGACACCUAUCAAUGUUUUAACUCUAGGUUUGUUAGGUCUUCUUUAUGUUUUGUGUUGUCUUAUCUAUUUUCACCGUGUGUGUGGUAGUGUGUGAGUGUGAG